UUUCUUGCUUGGAAUGAUGCGCAAUAUCUACAUUUUACAUAAGGCAUGACAUGACAUGCAAUAUUGUGAUUGACAUCUCACUGAGAUUACCCUUGUAUUAUUUUUAUUUUGUUUCUUUGGCAAUAGAUUCUGGGAUCUAUAGAUGCAAGUAUUGUGGAUCACUCUAUGCCAUUCCUCUUGUCUUAGCAAGGCAUCUCAAGUACAAACAUGGGUUGUCCGGCAUUUUCCUAUUAGAAGUUGGAUCAGGGGGAGACAUUCUAAAAUAUAGUGGAGCAAUAAAGGAAACCUCUGACAAUAUUAAUGGACAUGAGGUUGAUGACAUCAGAACUUUGAAAUCAGAAACACCAAACCGGAAUAGGCCACAGACUACAUCAUAUGAAUUAUCGUACCUUGUAGGACGCAAGCAAGUCCGAAGACGUAACAAGCCCUAUAAAGUGAACAUAUGCAGUAAGGCUUUUAGUCAUGAUUCUGGGAUCUAUAGAUGCAAGUAUUGUGGAUCACUCUAUGCCAUUCCUCUUGUCUUAGCAAGGCAUCUCAAGUACAAACAUGGGUUGUGCGGUGUUUUCCUAUUAGAAGUUGGAUCAGGGGGAGACAUUCUAAAAUAUAGUGGAGCAAUAAAGGAAACCUCUGACAAUAUUAAUGAACAUGAGGUUGAUGACAUCAGAACUUUGAAAUCAGAAACACCAAACCGGAAUAGGCCAAAGACUGCAUCAUAUGAAUUAUCGUACCUUAUAAGACGCAAGCAAGUCCGAAGACGUAACAAGCCCUAUAAAGUGAACAUAUGCAGUAAGGCUUUUAGUCAUGGUAAGAGGCUCACAAAACACAAACGAAUCCAUCGGGGCAAAAAACCUUAUCAUGAGGCAUCUAGUAAUAACAGUUCUUCAAAAGGUCAUAAAAGAAUUAAAACACAAGAAAAGCCUUAUGCCUGUGAUGAAUGUGGUAAGGCAUUUUGUGAAAAAGGUAAACUCAAAAUCCAUAAACGAACUCACACUGGUGAAAAACCUUAUGCAUGUGAUAAAUGUGAUAAAGCAUUUGGUGAAAAAGGUAAUCUCAAAGUCCAUAAACGAACACACACAUGUGAAAAACCAUAUGCAUGUGACAAAUGUGGUAAGACAUUUAAUAAAAAAAGUUGCCUCACAAUCCAUAAACGAACUCACACAGGUGAAAAACCUUAUGAAUGUGAUCAAUGUGGUAAGGCAUUUACGAGUAGAAGUUCCUUAACACAUCAUAAACUAGUUCAUACUGAGAAGAAGCCCUAUGAAUGUGACCAAUGUGGAAAGGCCUUUAUUUCUGGUACUGCUUUUAAAAAACACAGUAGAAUCCACACAGGUGAAAGGCCUUUUGAAUGUGAAGUAUGUGGUAAGGCAUUUAGGGAUGCUAGUUAUUUAAAAAAACAUAAACUCAUGCAUUCAGGUGAAAAGCCUUAUGUAUGUGAUCAGUGUGGUAAGGCCUUUAUUUGUAGUUCUACAUUAAAAAUACACAUGAGAAUCCACACAGGUGAAAGGCCUUUUGAAUGUGAAGAAUGUGGUAAGACAUUUAGGGGUGCUAGUUAUUUAAAACAACAUAAACAAAUCCAUACAGGUGAGAAGUUUCUUUGUGAUCAGUGUGGUAAGGCCUUUAGUCAAAAACAAACUCUCAAAAAUCAUAAACUAACCCAUACGGAUGAAAAGCCUUAUGUAUGUGAUCAGUGUGGUAAAGCCUUUAGUUGUGGUACUGCAUUUACAAAACACACUAGAAUCCACACAGGUGAAAGGCCUUUUGAAUGUGAAGAAUGUGGUAAGGCAUUUAUUGACAGUAGCAUUUUAAAAAGGCAUAAAAAGAUCCAUACAGAUGAGAUGCCAUAUAUUUGUGAUCAGUGUGGUAAGGAAUUUCGUAGAAAACAGGCUUUAAGAACUCACAAACUUAUCCACACAGGUGAGACACCCUACACAUGUGAUCAGUGUGACAAAGCAUUUCGUUGUAAAUGGGUUCUUCAAGGACAUGAAAAAAUCCAUACAGGUGAGAAGUUUUUUUGUGAUCAGUGUGGUAAGGCCUUCAAUCAAAAAAGAAAUCUCGUAAAACAUAAACUAACAACCCAUGCGGAUGAAAAGCCUUAUGUAUGUGAUCAGUGUGGUAAAGCAUUUCCUGUUAUACAAUAUUUGAUCACUCAUAAACGAAUCCAUGUCAAUGAGAAGCCUUAUAAAUGUGAUGAUUGUGGUAAGACCUUUAAUUAUCAAAGAGAAUUGAAAAUACAUUAUAGAAUCCAUACAGGUGAAAAGCCGUACAUUUGUGAGAAAUGUGGUAAGGGAUUUAUUGACCGUCCCUCGUUAGGAAAGCAUAAACGGAUCCAUACAGGUAAGAUUCCAUAUGUUUGUGAUCAGUGUGGUAAGGAAUUUCGAAGUACACGGAGUUUCAGCUCGCAUAAACUUAUCCACACAGGUGAGACACCCUACACAUGUGAUCAGUGUGGCAAAGCGUUUCGUUGUAAAUGGAUUCUAAAAAAACAUAAAAAAAUCCAUACAGGUGAGAAGCCCUUUAUUUGUGAUCAGUGUGGUAAGGCCUUUAGUCAAAAAAAAGAUCUCAAAAAACAUAUACUAACCCAUACGGAUGAAAAGCCUUAAGUAUGUGAUCAGUGUGGUAAAGCAUUUUCUAUUAUACAUUAUUUUACGAGUCGUAAACAAUCCAUGUCAAUGAGAAGCCUUACAAAUGUGAUGAUUGUGAUAAGACCUUUGAUUUUCAAGGAGAAUUGAAAAUAAAUGAUAGAAUCAAUACAGGUGAGAAGCCAUACAUUUGUUAGAAAUGUGGUAAGGGAUUUAGUGUUAUUGGUUUAAAAUCUAACUAAACAUCUGAAACAAGUCCAUAAAGGAGAGGAGCCUUGAUUUGGUAAAGGAGCUCUGUAACAAAUCCACACAGGUGAGAAGCCAUACAUUUAUGAUCAGUGUGGUAAGGCAUUUAGUCAAAUUACUGCUGUAACAACUCAUGAAACGAAUCCAUAUAGGUGGAAAGCCUCAAAUUUGUAAGGCAUUUAAUGAAACUAGUGCUCUCUUUUAAUACCAAUUCAUUAUUACUCAUUUAUGGCCAGUAUGGAAAAAAACAAACCCAUGCCCAUUGCACCACCCAUUGGAUAUGCUCUCACUUUGGGGACUUUUUUGCUUGCGGAUAUAUCACAAAUCUUGUAAUAAUUAUUGGUGUUACUGUUGUGUGAUUUCUGUAGAGAGAAUGAAUCCCAUAUACUAUUCAUUCCAUUGAAGAUGAAAGGGUAAUACAAUUUCUGUAUAGAAUUUUGAAUUGAAAGUAUGGGAUGUUAUAGGGGCGGAUCCAGCCUCCGCCAAUAGGGGAGGGGGCCUCAAAAAAUUUCACCAAUAUUUUCGAUGUUCGGCCACUCAAAGUUUAUUUUUGGUUUUUUGUCUCACCUGCAUAGCAGAGUGAGACUAUAGGCGCCGCUUUUCCGACGGCGACGGCGGCGGCGGCGGCGGCGGCGGCGGCGGCGGCGGCGGCGGCGACGGCGGCGUCAACACCAAAUCUUAACCUGAGGUUAAGUUUUUGAAAUGACAGCAUAACUUAGAAAGUAUAUGGACCUAGUUCAUGAAACUUGGCCAUAAGGUUAAUCAAGUAUUACUGAACAUCCUGCCUGAGUUUCAUGUCACAUGACCAAGGUCAAAGGUCAUUUAGGGUCAAUGAACUUAGACCAUGUUGGGGGAAUCAACAUCAAAAUCUUAACCUAAGGUUAAGUUUUUGAAAUGUCAUCAUAACUUAGAAAAUAUAUGGACCUAGUUCAUGAAACUUAUACAUAAGGUUAAUCAAGUAUCACUGAACAUCCUGCAUGAGUUUCACAUCACAUGACCAAGGUCAAAGGUCAUUUAGGGUCAAUGAACUUUGGCCGAAUUGGGGGUAUCUGUUGAAUUACCAUCAUAACUUUGAAAGUUUAUGGAUCUGAUUCAUGAAACUUGGACAUAAUAGUAAUCAAGUAUUACUGAACAUCCUGUGCAAGUUUCAGGUCACAUGAUCAAGGUCAAAGGUCAUUUAGGGUCAAUGAACUUUGGCCAAAUUGGGGUAUUUGUUGAAUUACAGCCAUAAAUUUGAAAGUGUGUUGGUCUAGUUCAUAAAACUUGGACAUAAUAGUAAUCAAGUAUCACUGAACAUCCUGUGCGAGUUUCAGGUCACAUGAUCAAGGUCAAAGGUCAUGUAAGGUCAAAGAACUUUGGCCACGUUGGGGGUAUUUGUUGAAUUGCCAUCAUAUCUCUAUAAGUGUAUUGGUCUAGUUCAUAAAACAUGGAAAUAAGAGUAACCAAGUAUCACUGAACAUCUUGUGCGAGUUAUAGUAGUUUUCAAAAUCAGCACUGCUGCUAUAUUGAAUCGCGUGAUGCAGGUGAGACGGCCAGAGGCAUUCCACUUGUUUUAAGGGGUUGCCCCGGUGUUGUAAUGAGCCAAAAAUCUUGAGGGGCUUGAUAUGGCGUAUUAAGUAAAAUUAAUAAGAAGUUACGAGCGAGCAAAAAUUUUGACAUUUUUUAAAAUCCAAGUUUGUGAUAGAUUUUGACAUAAUAUUUGAAAAAUAAAUUGCAUUUCACCAUUAUCCCUUUCCUUUCUCUUUUUUUUUCUUGAUCGUGAUUUUUUUUUUGGGGGGAGGCAAAAUGCCAAUGUUCUAACAGUAAUUUCUUAGCUUUAUUCUUAUAAGCAAAAUAAUUGUGUAACAAUUUCCUUAGCCCUAAUUAAAUAGUGUGAGCGCGAAGUGCAAGCUAAACAAUUUUGAAAUUUCAUGUAUUUUAUCUUGAAAAUUGAACAUUCUGGGCAAUGUUUGUGAACAUGAACAAGAUGCGUUUGUAACUAUCAUGAAUGUUUUCUUUUGUGAAUAAUUAUUCAAUAGCUAUUUUCAAAGUCAGCGCUGCUGCUAUGUAUCGAAUCUCGUAAUGCAGGCGAGACUGCCAGAGGCAUUCCACUUUUUAUUUUAAGUUAUAAUAAUACAAUAAAGAACAUAAAAUUAUGCAAAAUCAGUCAUGAAAAUUGGUCCUUAAAUUUCAAAUCAAGGCAUUUAUACUGCACAAAAAUGCUUGAUGAUAUGUUUCUAAGCCACUAAAAAUGUAAAUAUAUGUUGAAUUUAGGCACAGAACAGGAAAUGAUGUCCACUUUUGUUAGUCUUCCAAUUUUCCAAUAGAAAGUCUUGUUGUAAGGAAUAAAUUACUAUGAAACAUUUUCAAACACAUGACAGAUCAGUGCUACAUAAUACAAAUGAUGCACAGAUGUGAAUGCAUCAGUGGGUUUUGUGAGUAAGAGGUACGUGUAAGUGUCUGUAUUUACGUGUAACUAUUUGUUGAGUUUUCAUUGUUAUUGCAUGCUCACUAUAGUCAUAACGAUGCACAAUCAAACCUGUGUAUCAUUUGUUGUAUAGAAUGGUGGAAUUUUUUUAUGGAAAGUCAAUUUUUCUUACAAUGUCCAUGUGUGGGAUUACAUAUAUAUGCCUAAAAAGACUAUUCAUUCAUUGUUUGAUUAAAAAGGUUGUAUCUAAGUAUGAAUAUAAUAAUGUUAAUGGUAUUUGAAUUAAAAAGUGCCAACAAACUCCUCCAGUAGGGGUGUAUUAAAUUAUAAGCAACAAGGUUUGGCUGAUAAUUGAAAGAACUUUAUUAUUCUAUCUCCAUGUACAGUAAAUAGGUUGUUAUAAACAUUCUGAAAAUCAAACAAAAUAUAUGAUUGAAUUGAUUCUUUGUGGAAUUGUGAUCAAAUAAAUAGUAAAGGAAAAUCA